AUGGCUCAGAGUGCAAGUUCGUCAAACAUUGAAUCAAACAAUGAGAAUGGUGUUCUUUGUAAUUAUAACCGAACAACUAAGAUUGUGAGAGCUUGGACUAAAGACAACCCUGGACGGAGGUUUUAUGGUUGUCCAGGCCGUAAGAUCGCGCAAGGAUAUCAGAAUUGCAAUUUCUUCCGUUGGUAUGAUUUAGAGAAACCAAACGGAUGGCAACAUCUAGCUUUGUUAGAGGCAAGAGAUAUAAUGCGGGGACAAAAAGAGGAGAUUAAGAACUUAAAGGAAGAAGUAAAGAAAUUGAGUCGGUUAACUGAGAGUGUGCAAGACCCAACUUUAGUACAGGAAGAGUUGAAGCAAACCCGGAAAGAAUGUGAAGGACUGAAAAGAGACGUGUUCAUUUUAACCGAGAGGAGCAGGAUUUAUCGUAAUGUCCUCAUAUCAACAACAACUGUUGGAUUUACAGUGGCACUUGGAUUCAUGGUUGGGAUGUGGAAGCAGCAGUAA